AUGCAUCUUCUUUUCUUCUUCCUCCUCCUCUUCACUGCCAAAACUGCAUCACAGCGGGAGGCCAUCUUUACCAAAUGCUCCAGCGAUCUCUACACGUCUUCAAGCAGCUAUGAAUUUGAAGUCCGCCAGAUCCUUGCCAAAACCAUUGCCUCCACGCCACAAUCCCCCCUUUACUAUUCCUAUCUCUCCAUGAUUGGAGCAUUUGGCUUCGCCCAGUGCCGCCCAGACGCCGAUCGGACUACAUGCGAAACAUGUCUCCUAUAUUCCUCUUCCAAGCUGGCCGCCCCCGGUGGUGGUCGGAGCAAUGCCUCCAGCGAUGACUGCGGACAGAGCAUGUCCGCCGCCGUGUACCAGGAUUUAUGCAUCCUUCGGUACAGCAACAGGAAAUUUUCGUUUCAGGAAUUCGAGAUUCUUGUAGGGAUUAUUCCUAAUGAAAUUCAAUCGGCGAAUCCGGUCGAUUUCAUCCGGCGGGUUGUGGAGCUCAUGGUGCAUAUCGCGUGGGAGGCGUCGAUGACCACCUCAACGAAGUUCGCGGUGGGGGAGGUUGAUGUCGGUGAUGCGCAGAAUCAGAAGAUUUAUGGAAUGGUGUGGUGCGCUUGGUACGCGUCGAGUCAGGAUUGCUUUCAGUGUUUGUUAUCGACGGUGCCGAGACUGCCUUACACGAGGCGAGGGGGGAGGUUUUUUCAAUCCAGUUGUUUUCUGAGGUUUGAGGUUUAUAUUUUCUUCGAUCAAAAUUUGCUAGAGAAGAAUGAUUCGCCGGAGCUUUCUGUUCCAGAUGUUGGUACUAAAAAUGAUAGUGUCAGCGCCGGUGGAAAAGAAUGCAUGAAAAAAAGAACUUUGCUUAUUGUUGUCAUCUUAGAAGGUGUAGCAUUGAUGAUCUGUUUCGCAAUUAUCAUUUUACUUCUAUUGAGGAAGGUCAAUUUAUCCAUUGUGCCAAUCA